CGUAAAUCCAAUGCAACUGAAUUAUCUAACACGAACAAAAACCGCACAAAAUCGGUCAUUUUUGCCCUACCAAAUCGAUACAACAAAAAACGGUUUAUAAGAGUCCGAUUUUCCGAAUGGCUUUCAGUAAUAUAAUUGAUAUAUAUCAGUGACCCGUGUGUUAUUUUUUCAUUAAAUUUUCGGUCAGUUUUCUGACUCAGGAGUGUUCAAACAUGUAUAAAUUCUUCGGUUGCAUUUGCCUUCUUGCUGUGGGUGGUUUUGGUAUCCCGAUGCAAGAUGAUUUGAUGUUCGAAGGAUCAGACGAUACGGCAACAGUUGAAAGUACUGUCAGGGAGACUCGAGCUGCUCCAAGUCACAUUGGAGACUUGGUAAAACCUGGUGUGAAAAAUGCUUUCCUCCACGUUUACGGCGACGCGGAAAACGACGACGGCGAUGUUCACGGUUAUUCCAAGAAGCUAAACGACAAAGGACAAGACGGCUACAAGCAUUACGACAGUUUCCAUAAAAAGGACGGGGACAAGUACGGCUACGAAAAGCAUUCGGAAUAUGGACAAGAACAUAAGGCUGGAGUGGAUAGCGAGAAUGAUAAGGGGAUUCAAGAGGCACAUGCAGAAGCUGGUGGCGAAAAAACCGAAGACGAUGGCGAAGAAACCAGGAAAUCGUAUGCGGUAUUUGAAGAUUUGAAUGAGGAUGAAAAGAAACAACCCAAAAAGAAAAUAGAAUCUGACUACGGCUAUGAAGGUGAAGCGGACAGCGGCAGUUACUAUGAAGGUUCUGAGGCUUCAGAAGGUGAUGGCGAAUCAGAAUCUACAGAAGGAGACGAUGGUGAUGGCGAAAACGAAGAAUCAGAAUCAACAGAAGAAAGCGAGGAAGGUGAUGAAGAAAGUGACUAUUAAUAUCCUUUCGUGAGACUUAUGUAAAACCAAAAUUCUUUCUGUUAACUUUUGAUCUUUUUUUAAGUCUUUUUCACUAUUUUUCUAAUUUAUUUUUAAUUUAAUUUUUCAUCUAUUUAUUAACUAUUCUUGUAUUUAAUUUCUCCUUUCCCUAUCUAUUCUCCCAAUCACUUGUUACUUUUUCACUUAUAAUUCAAUGUAUUAUUUCAAUAUAGUGAAAUGUUAUUGGCAUUUUCAUGUAAAUUUUAUUUUACUUCC